CAAGAGCUCCCCUCCGCGGCUCCGCCUUCCUCCCUCCUCCUCCUGUUCAUUCUCCUUCCCGGGCCGGGAGGCGGCGGAGCGGGAGCGGGAGGAGCGAGCCCGGGCCCGGGCCCGGGCCGGGACCAUGUCCGGGCCGCCGGCGCCCCCCGUCACGCAGCAGGUCGGCCGGGCGCCGGGCCGCAGGCAGCGGCCGGAGGCGGGGGAGCUGCGGGCGGCCGCCCGCUGCCUGGUGGUGGACGCAGACGGGAGGAGCGUCCCAUUUCAGGCCCUGUACGGGGAGCAAAAAGCGAUCGUGGUGUUCGUGCGGAAUUUUCUAUGUUACACCUGUAAGGAGUACGUAGAAGACCUGGCAAAAGUCCCCAAGGCAUUUUUACAAGAAGCAAAUGUGAGGCUUAUCGUUAUUGGACAGUCAUCUUAUCAUCACAUCAAGCCCUUUUGCAGUUUAACUGGGUAUGCACACGAAAUGUAUGUAGAUCCACAAAGGGAAAUUUAUAAAACGCUUGGCAUGAAAAGAGGUGAAGAUAAUAAUGUAUCAGCACGGAGCCCUCAUGUGAAAUCAAACAUGCUCCUAGGAAGCAUUAGGAGUUUGUGGAGAGCAAUGACUGGCCCGGCUUUUGAUUUUCAAGGAGACCCAGCUCAGCAGGGAGGAGCUUUGAUUUUAGGCCCAGGCACUGAAGUUCAUUUUUUACACCUUGAUAAAAACAGGCUGGAUCAUGUUCCCAUUAACACAGUUUUGCAGCUGGCAGGAGUUAAAACAGUAAAUUUCACAAACCAACCCCAGAUUAUUGACAUAUGACACUGACACAACACAUACAUUUUUUUAAUUUGUGCUCUACCAGAAAAAUUCUCCAGCAAAUUCCCACCAGCAUCAGUACUGUUGCGUCUUUAUGGGCUAUCUGAAACCUUAUCUGGAAAAUCAGAGCACAGAAUAAACUACCUGGCACUGAAGAUGGACGCGGAAGUGCUAUUUCCAUUGCAUAUAAGGUAACAAAAACUAUAACACAACUGAGGCUUAUUGCAAAAAAUCCUGUAGCUUAUCAUUUCCUCAUCAAACAGUCUUGCUAAUGUAUUUCAAAAAUCUUUGUUCAAGACACACUAAGCUAAAAAACGGGUUUUGCUGAGGAAGAAUCCAGAACUCUUGUCUUCAGAUCACACUGGCUUUCAGUCCAACACUUCUCAGUGAUGUUUUAAAGCUUCCAGCCCCGUGUGACAAUCUUGUAUUAAAAUAAACCUUGAAAAAUCACUGUGUCAAACACUGGGACUUAAGCUUAUGCUUACUUUUGCAUCUGGCACUGGCAGACAUUAUGAAAUACAUUUUAAAGUUUUAAAUAAAUAUUUUAAGUACGUCA